GUCCAGAACAAGAGGACUAAAUAUUGAAUAAUUGUAAUCUUGACAUCGUCCAACUUUGCGUACAAUUCAAAGCAGCGAGUAAAGGCUAAAAAAAACCAGACCACUUAUUUAACAAGACCAGAUCAAUUGACGCAAUUUAUACGUAGUUGAACAACAAAGUUGACGCCGCCCUUUAAACCAAAAAUCUUCAAACUUCCAUUUCAGACAGUGGAUUCGACUGUCCUAAGUUCCUAAUCACAGCGAAGGAGGAAUCAUCGAGAUAAUAAGGAUCAAGGAUUGAUUCCCUGCCGUUGUUUUGUCUGUGAACUUAGAUUGCAUGUUUGGUCCAGUCCGGUCCGACGAUCGAACGAACGAAAUAGAUAGAACAUGAAGAAGGGAUGGAAAGCGAUGACGGGUUCAAGGUCGAAGUUCGGAGGGCGAAGUGGAGAAUCCGAGGAUGGCGGUGAUCGGCCUUUAGUUGACCGCCACCCAUCUCGAACAGUUACACUAGGUCGUGUCCAGCCUCAGGCGCCAGGUCACCGAACCAUCUACUGUAAUGAUCGGGAAGCUAAUGCCAUUGUUAGAUUCAAGGGGAAUUCUAUAUCAACUACCAAGUACAAUAUUCUCACAUUUUUUCCAAAGGGAUUGUUUGAACAGUUCAGGCGGGUGGCUAACCUAUACUUUCUUACGAUUUCCAUUUUGUCCUUCACACCAGUCAGUCCCGUGUCUCCAAUAACUAAUAUUGUGCCUCUCAGUAUGGUACUCUUCGCCUCUCUUCUUAAGGAGGCCUGGGAGGACUGGAAACGAUUUCUGAAUGACAAAACUAUAAACAACACUCCUAUAGAGGUGUUGAUUGGUCAGGAAUGGCAGAAUACUACUUGGAAAGAUCUUCAGGUUGGAGACGUGGUGAAAAUUAAACAAGACGGGUUCUUUCCUGCAGACCUGCUUUUCCUUGCUAGUACAAAUGCUGAUGGUGUCUGCUAUAUAGAGACUGCAAAUUUGGAUGGUGAAACGAAUUUAAAAAUCAGAAAGGCUUUGGAAAAGACUUGGGAUUUUGUUAGUCCUGAGAAAGCCUCAGAAUUCAAAGGUGAAUUGCAAUGUGAACAACCAAACAACUCGCUGUACACUUUUACUGGCAAUCUGAUAGAUCAGAAGCAAACUGUACCACUAUCUCCAAACCAAAUUCUACUGCGAGGAUGCAGCCUCAGGAAUACUGUAUACAUUGUUGGUGCUGUUGUUUUCACCGGACAUGAAUCAAAGGUUAUGAUGAAUUCCAUGAAUGUUCCUUCCAAAAGAAGUACUCUGGAGAGGAAACUUGACAAACUUAUACUGACCCUAUUCUGUGUUUUGUUCAGCAUGUGUCUAGUUGGAGCCAUAGGCAGUGGUGUGUUUUUGAACAAGAAGUUCUACUUCUUUGGGCUUUGGGACCCAAAUUUACGUCCAGAAUUUAACCCUAACAAUAGAUUUGUGGUCGCUCUACUGAAUAUUCUUACCCUUAUCACUUUGUACUCACCCAUCAUCCCAAUUUCCCUUUAUGUCUCAGUUGAGGGGAUAAAGUUCUUUCAGUCCACUAAAUACAUAAAUAAUGAUCUGCAUAUGUAUCAUUUUGAGUCAAACACUCCUGCAUUGGCACGAACAUCCAACUUGAAUGAGGAACUUGGUCAAGUGGAAUAUAUAUUUUCUGAUAAAACUGGAACCUUAACAAGAAAUUUGAUGGAAUUCUUUAAGUGUUCAAUUGCUGGUGAAGUGUAUGGAGCGGGUAUCACUGAAAUUGAGAUAGGUGUUGCUAAGCGCAGUGGUGUCAAACUUAAGGAGGGUAUAUCAUCAACUGCAAUACGUGAGAAGGGUUUCAACUUUGAUGAUGCUAGACUUAUGCAGGGUUCUUGGAGGAAUGAGCCUAAUCCUGAUAUGUGCAAGGAAUUCUUUAGAUGCCUUGCUAUAUGUCACACUGUGCUACCUGAAGGUGAGGAAACGCCUGAAAAAAUUCAAUAUCAAGCUGCUUCUCCUGAUGAAGCUGCCUUGGUUGCUGCUGCAAAGAACUUUGGUUUCUUCUUUUACAGGCGCACGCCUACUCUAAUCUAUGUUCGUGAAUCACAUGUUGAAAAGAUGGGAAAAGUCGAGGAUGUUUCCUACGAGAUUUUAAAUGUACUUGAGUUCAACAGCACAAGGAAAAGGCAAUCUGUUGUGUGUCGCUACUCAGAUGGUAGGCUUGUGCUUUACUGCAAGGGAGCUGAUACAGUAAUCUAUGAAAGGUUAGCUACAGGAAACAAUGAAAUAAAGAAAACAACUAUAGAGCACUUGGAGCACUUUGGAUCUGCUGGACUUCGUACUCUCUGUCUGGCCUAUAGAGACCUGAGUUCUGACACUUACGAUAAAUGGAAUGAGAAAUUUAUUCAGGCUAAAUCUUCUCUUCGAGACCGUGAGAAGAAAUUGGAUGAGGUUGCAGAACUGAUAGAGAAGGAUCUGAUUUUGAUUGGAUGCACUGCUAUAGAAGACAAGCUUCAAGAAGGAGUGCCAGAAUGUAUAGAGACUCUCUCAAAGGCAGGAAUCAAGAUUUGGGUGCUGACCGGUGACAAAUUGGAAACUGCAAUAAACAUAGCUUAUGCAUGCAGAUUGAUCAGCAAUGACAUGAAACAGUUUAUCAUUAGUUCAGAAACUGAUGAGAUAAGAGAAAUUGAAAGCAGAGGUGACCAAGUGGAGAUUGCACGCCAUAUGAAACUUACUGUAAAACACAUGUUAACGAAGUCCCAUGAGGAAGCAUUGCAACAUCUUCAAACUUCUUCAGAAGUAAAAUUAGCGCUCGUAAUAGACGGGAAGUGCUUGAUGUACGCUUUGGAUCCUGCUUUACGAGUAACUCUACUGAACUUGAGCUUAAACUGUACUUCAGUGGUCUGCUGCCGAGUGUCUCCUCUACAGAAAGCACAGGUAACUAGUCUAGUCAAGAAAGGUGCAAAAAAAAUAACACUUAGCAUCGGUGAUGGUGCCAAUGAUGUUAGCAUGAUUCAAGCUGCUCAUGUUGGUGUCGGAAUAAGUGGUCAAGAAGGAAUGCAAGCAGUGAUGGCCAGUGAUUUUGCUAUUGCUCAGUUCCGUUUCCUCACAGAUUUAUUGCUUGUCCAUGGACGAUGGUCAUAUAUUAGAAUAUGCAAGGUGGUAACAUAUUUCUUCUACAAGAAUCUGACAUUGACACUGAUCCAAUUUUGGUUCACCUUCCAAACUGGGUAUUCUGGUCAGAGAUUCUAUGAUGAUUGGUUCCAGUCUUUGUAUAAUGUUAUCUUCACUUCAGUACCAGUUCUAGUUCUUGGACUUUUUGACAAGGAUGUGAGUGCAUCUCUUUCAAAGCAGUACCCUCAAUUGUACAAGGAAGGAAUAAGAAAUACCUUCUUCAAAUGGAGAGUUGUAGUGGCCUUGGCUGUGUUUUCAGUUUACCAAUCAUUGGUGAUCUAUAAAUUUGUAGCCAUUUCCAGUUCUACAAGUGUUGACUCAACUGGCAGGAUGUUUGGCCUCUGGGAUGUGAGCACAAUGGCGUUCAAUUGUUUGCUUGUGACUGUCAACUUGCGUCUCCUUCUGAUGUGUAAUACGAUCACAAAAUGGCAUCAUAUUAGCGUUGGAGGAAGCAUCCUGUCGUGGUAUAUAUUUAGCUUUAUAUACUCGGGUGCAUUCGUCAACAAGGGUAUCUACGGGACAGUGUUUACCUUGAUGAGCACAGGAUACUUCUAUCUAACCCUUCUUCUCAUUCCUAUUGCUGCUCUGUCAUUCGACUUCCUUUUUCUAGCGAUUCAAAGAUGGUUCUUCCCUUAUGAUCACCAGAUGGUUCAGGAAAUGCAUGCAAAUGAAACAGAUAUUAGUAGCAGUAUAGGGUUGGUGGAGGUUGGUACUACCCAGCUCAAUCCAGAGGAAUCGAGGAGAUUUGCAAUGGCACGGCUUCCUCGAGAGGGAUCUAAACAUACAGGUUUUGCAUUUGAUUCACCCGGUUACGAAUCCUUCUUUGCAUCCCAAGCCGGUGUGCUUGCACCUCUCAAAGCAUGGGAUGUUGCCAGAAGAGCCAGCAUGAGAGGAAGGAAAAAGAAAUAAAAAUAGAAAUAAUAAUAAUAAUAUGAAAGAUAUUAUACUUGUACAAAAGAAAUUCUGCAAUAACUUUACAUGAAACAGCUUCUUUUGUAUAUUAGUUUUAUUCUUUUAGGAGUCUAGUCUUCAGGAAGAUGUAUACUCUCACAGAU